UCAGCUUAGUCUCCAUUUUGAGUUCAGUCAGAUGCUACGUUCUGUGAUUCAAUCGAUCAUAAUGCCAGUUUGUGCUUUUCCGUGGUUUUAAGAAGUGUUUCAAUUUACCUCAUAUUUCAUGAAUGAUACCGACAACUGCCUCAAAGUCGAUAUUGAUUAUGAUGAUGCAUUGUGUUUUUCAACUGCAUAUCAUAUUAUUGGUUAUUAGAUCAUACAACCAAUAUCUCGUAUUUUAAGUGACCACGAAUGUGCUUUCUUUGCUUUGUUUUAAUACAACAUGCCCUCAUGCAGCAUCAAUCACAGUCAGAAGUCGAAAAAUAAACGACACCGGAACCCACAAAAUUGCGUGUAGUUACCUGCUCAGUCUUUGGUUGAUCAGUUUAUAGCUCUUAAAAACAAGGUACUUGUGCAAAAAAACAAGUAGAGUCUUCGGGAGAUAUGGUACAAGAUGCAGUAAACGAUAAUCUGCCAUCUGUAUACGAAAAAGGAGAUGGCCCGAUCAUAGGGAUUCUGUCUCAAGAGACGUACUUGGUCGCUAAGUAUUUUUCCGAGGAACAUGACAGUUACAUCGCAGCUUCCUACGUGAAAUUCCUGGAGAGUUCUGGUGCGAGAGUCAUACCCGUGUGGAUUGGACAAAACAAGGAUUACUACAGAAGAGUCGUAAAUUAUACAAAUGGAAUUCUGUUUCCUGGCGGUGGCACGUACUUUAACGAGUCCGGAGGUUAUGGAGAGGCGGCUCAGACGAUCUACUCGCUAGCUGUGGAAGCCAACAACAAAGGGCGCUAUUAUCCUGUGUGGGGUACCUGUUUGGGAAUGCAAGUGCUAGGAUUCGUGGCCGCUGGGGAAGAUAUAAGGGUGGAUUGCUCGUUAAAAAAUAAGGCUAUACCCCUGGAUUUCGUGGAAGGAUUUGAAAACAGCAGACUAUUUAAAAAAGCACCAGAGGAUAUAAUAUCGAUCUUAAACAAGUACAACGUUACUUUCAACUACCACAGUUAUUGCCUAACAAGAGAAGUUCUAGAACGAAAUGGAAUCUUAUCGGAUUGGAAAAUAUUAUCCACAAACAAAGACGAAUACGACUUCGAAUUCAUUUCCUCCAUGGAAUCUACGCAGUACCCCAUAUACGGCGUUCAGUUCCAUCCCGAGAAGAAUCAGUUCGAGUUCGGAAAGAAGCAGAUUCCUCACGACGAUGAAGCUGUGAAGAUAUCGCACUAUUUCUCGGAUUUCUUCGUUGAUGAGUGCAGGAAAAGCCCUGGAAAGUUUCCAAAUGAAGCAAUGGAGAAGGAAGCUUUUAUAUACAAUUACAGUCCUAAAUAUACAGGUCGUGCCAAUGGUUCCUUUGAACAAAUCUACGUAUUUGACAAGGAAGAUUUCGACAAAGUCCAGUUAACCUGAUUAUUUUUAUGAUACUCUAUGUGAUGAUUACUAUUAUGUAGUUGUAGUCUAUUACCAAAGUUUGGAUAAUAAAUUCUAUUUAGUUUC